AUAGUCAACGCGACGUCAAACUGGCCACUCAACUCCCUCAAUUCAUCAGUGUUGCCGACAUAUGAAGAAAGCAUUGCUGCUAACCACAGUAGUUACCUUCCGUACUUUGAGAGGGAGCCUUAUUCUAACUUCUCUAAGAGCCCCUCAAACGAAAGGAGCUACAACAUGAUCGAUAACGUGCCGAGAGUCAAAAAGUCGGUCCCUACAUUGACAAGAGAAGAGUAUUCCAUGGAUUUGAGUUACAGGCCACGUCAAAUAUUUGAUAACCAAACAUAUAAUGAGGAAUAUACACCCCGUAUUGAGAAUAUUCCAUAUAGCAAUCGAAAUAUCACCGCCACAGAGAUGACUUUCACCACAGCUAGUCCAAGCACUACAAAGGAAAAACAAACCAUCUGUCCCAACCCAGAGAAAAUCUCUCUUUAUAAGCCAUCGAGUGCACAUACUUCAAAGGAUAUUGCUCCUAAGCCUAAAGAAAUACCAAGCGAUGGYCAGACAAAUAAAGAGAGCCUUUCCAAGGAACCGAGGGAUUUCCGAACAAACUACGAUAACCAGCCGAACAAGAAACCGAGUGACAUCAAAGCCGAAUCAAAACCCGAGGAAAUAUCGAUCAAAAAGGAAAYCGAGAGUAGCACAGGAAGCCCGCAAUCAAGCGUUAAAGAUAGGUUGUCACCAGGGGUCAAAAUGGCGGAGGAUGCACCGACAUUCAGUUCACCACCAGUUCAGAAUAGCGACGACACCUUUGACGACAAGUCGCCUGAUGACACUGUCAAGGUCAAGAAGGAGGCAGAUGACGUAAAUGAAAUGUACUCGUUCCUUGAUUGGAAGGACGGAAUUGCAACUCUUCCAGGAAGUAACUUGAAAUUCAAAAUGAACGAGUUUGGUACUCUAGAAAUGGUCAGUACAGUUGAGACAGAGAAGGGUGAAUACGAAUGGAGUACAGCUAAUGCAGACAAACCCUCUUCUGACCUAAUGGCUGGCCCUCCUGACGACGGCAAAGUAUUGUGUUGUGAGGUUUGUGGUAUUUAUGGUCUACCACAAGACUUCUGCUCCUCGGGCCGGUUUUGUAGCUUGUCCUGUGUUGGAUCGUACACUGGUAGACGCAAUAAAGGAAGAGAAUUUAUACGCAAUGUCAAUCCAAUUGAACGCAAAACAGGAAAAAAGAAGAAAAAGAGUGGKAAAGCCAAGAAAGGGUCAAGCUCCAAGUCUGUCCCCUCCCCGGAUGGAGAAGACUCAGGAUUCAUCGAUGGAUCGACAGAGGCUCAAGUGACGUCAUUCAAAGUAAAAUCACCACGUGAAAAAACCAAAGGACGUCACAAGAUUCCUCCAGUAGAAGCAACAGGACAAUGCCUUACGGGUUCAAUGGUUCCGUAUAACUUCAGUAAACCUUUUACGUGGACUGACUACCUGUACACCUCGGGAUCCAAACCUGUUCCCGUCAAUGUCUUCAAACAGGAAAAUCCUGACAUCGAUGUGUUUCCAAUGCCUUGUGAAGAGUUUAAAAARAACAUGAAACUCGAAGCAGUGGACCCAAAACAUCCAUCGUACAUCUGCGUGUGCACUAUUGUGCGCGUUAAAGGCUCGCGUUUAAGGCUUCACUUCGACGGCUGGUCGGAAUGUUACGAUUUCUGGACCAAUUCUGAUUCAGUAGAUAUUUUCCCCAUGGGCUGGUGCGAGCAGAAUAACCAGACUCUACACCCUCCUAGAAGUUUCACGAGAGGCGAGUUUAGCUGGCACAAGUACCUCAAGAAACAAGGCAGAAAUCCUGCCCCAGCUCAUCUUUUCAGACCAGUCGGCGAGAAAAAGCACAAGUUUGAGAUCGGCAUGAAGCUGGAAGCCAUUGACCGYAAGAAUCCAGACCUUAUAUGUGUUGCCACGGUAACAAAUGUGAUUGGAAAYCGUUUCCUGGUUCAUUUUGAUGAAUGGGAUGAUACUUAUGAUUACUGGUGUGAAGAGGAUUGUCCGUAUAUUCACCCCAUUGGAUGGUGCGAAUCUACAGGCAGAAGACUAACGCCACCAAACGAUGAUGAGGUUCACACUUUUACGUGGAAACAGUACUUGAAAACAACCAGGGCUGUAGCGGCACCACCAGAGCUAUUCAAAACGAGACCUGUACCGACCUUCAAAGUUUAUCAAAAACUCGAGGCGGUGGACAAGCGUAACCCGUCAUUAAUACGCUCUGCAACUGUGGCUCAGAUACUAGAUUAUCGAGUACGUGUGCACUUUGAUGGUUGGGAUGAUGUAUAUGAUGACUGGUUUGAUGCCGACUCUACUGAUCUCCACCCUGUUGGCUACUGCGAGAAGACUGGCCACCCACUUGAACCUCCAUUAACAACAGCAGAUAAAAUCUCAUCGGUUGCCUGCCCCACCCCAGGAUGUAAAGGGAUUGGUCACGUGAAGGGUGCUAAGUAUUCUAGUCAUCACAGCACGUUUGGAUGUCCGUAUUCACUUCAAAACCUGAACAAGGAAUCCUGUCUKGUAGACCGACUGUCUACAAACUCCAUGACUGAAGAAUCCGACUGGUCGUACGCCAGCAAGAAUAAGACGACCACUUCAAGCGGCAAACGCGGAGACAGUGUGUCAUCGAUUGAAACUGUAUGUCCAACUCCUGGUUGUGAUGGAACUGGUCACAUCAGUGGGCACUGGAGAACUCAUCAAAGUUCUGCUGGCUGUCCAAAAAAUGAGGCCAACAUCAUCAAAAUACCCCGACCCCCUAUUCCAAUACAACCAGCUCCCCUCAAGGAGACAUCAACGUCUUCCAAGAAAAAGGUCGCAGCUACUAUAGUAACGAAUAAUGCGUCAUCUAAACUAUCCAAUGCGAAUACAGCGUCAGUUGUGAGGCGCCAGAAUAAAGACAYCAAAAAAGAAAAGUCAACAGACAAGAUGCCAUUUAAACAAAUUACACCUAAAGUGGAACCACAGCCAAAAGAAAAAUUGAGCCAACAAACAACUGUGAGCUACCCGCAGUGGAAAGAAACUAGUAACUUUGAACAAGCUCUGCCAGUACAACCAGCUAACGAAGCACGGAAAAAGUCACGUGAGCGUUUGCGUAUGAGCAAAUGGAGUAUCGAUGACGUAGUGAAGCACGUGAAAUCGUUAGGAUGUACGGAACAGGCAAAACUAUUUGAAGAACAGAAAAUCGACGGUGAAUCUUUUCUUCUCCURACACAAAACGACAUCGUUAAUAUUCUCAAAAUCAAGUUGGGUCCAGCACUGAAGAUCUUCAAAAGCAUUCCUAAAGUUUGACAAGGGACGCAAUCGUAUAGAAAACAUUAUGKCARUUCCAAUUCAAUGUAGAUACGAAAGCAUGUCAUUAUGCUAAUCUUUGAAUCACCGUUUCUUUGCGUUUAGCUUUCCACAACAAAAUUUCUGUUAUGAAACGAUGGAAAUGAACGUUUAUAUUUCUAAACGAAAAUCAAUGAAAACAUUUUGAAAGAAAAAUAAAUUAAAGUGUAUAUUUUUACUAAAAUAUUUUCAUAAAAAGUGGMAGGGUGAUUUAUAUCCCCGUUUAUAAACUCCACACGUUUCCGGAUCUUUUGGAAGUUCURAUUUCGAAAAAUCCGGUUACRUGUGGACAAGACGUUUGAUUUCAAUAUAUCCAUCGUUGUUGUUUAUGGUAUUCGUAAUUAUUAUUUGAUAUUUUSAGAAAACUAUUGACAACCUUUAUAUUCAAGACGUUGUAAGCGGCAAURCCUUUUCGAUUUCUGUGUCUAUUUGACAAAACUAUUUUUGAGUUACAAAAGAUAGCAUUUUAUAUGUAAUGUUUAAAAGGUCGACAAUAUUUUUGCACAUAGAAUCAUGAUUUUCAUCAAUAAUAUGUAGAUAUAUAAUUUUGUACAAAGUUUGGAUAUUAACUAUGUUAAUGUUUACGAUUAACAAAUGAAUAAUAAAAUAUAUUUUUGUAUUGC